GUAAAGUCGUUUCAAACUGUUCGUGGUUCAGUCUUCACUCUUCACGCGUCUCGUUCACUCGCGUCCGUGAAAUUACGCAGCGCGAGUGCGAACGCGUUACAUCACCAGCGCACCUUAACGCAGGUGAGACAGGGCACCCGGAAGAACACGCGCAUCGACUAUCACACGAGUCACUUGAGUUGCAAUCAAGCCCAGAAGAGCAGAGCAGAUCACAGUCAUGUCAGAGCUCAAGAAGAACAAGUUGUUUAUUGUGCUGAUGGAUGUCGUGUGUGUGCUCGUGGUGGCGAUGCCGUUCAUCAUAAUGACCAUCAUGUUCCGGCCGUACCAGCGUGGCGUUUACUGCGAUGACGAGACCAUCCGUUACCCCUACAGACCAGACACCAUCUCUCACAAAAUGAUGGCGGCCGUUACCAUUUCCUGCUCCAUCAUUAUCAUCACUUCUGGAGAGGCCUACCUGGUCUACACCAAACGUCUCUAUUCCAAUUCAGACUUCAACCAGUACGCUGCGGCGCUCUAUAAAGUGGUGGGGACGUUUCUGUUCGGCGCGUGUGUGAGCCAGUCUCUGACCGAUAUGGCCAAGUACACCAUCGGACGCUUGAGGCCCAACUUUAUCGCGGUGUGCGCUCCAGAAGUGUGCGAGGGCUACAUGCUGGAGAUCAACUGCACGGGAAGCUUUCGCAACGUGACCGAAUCCAGGCUGUCGUUCUACUCCGGUCACUCCUCCUUCGGGAUGUACUGCAUGUUGUUUCUGGCGCUUUAUGUACAGGCACGUAUGGCAUCCAAGUGGGCCCGCCUCCUCCGGCCCACAAUUCAGUUCUUCCUGGUGGCCUUUGCCAUUUAUGUGGGAUACACGCGUGUGUCUGACUACAAGCACCACUGGAGCGACGUGGUGGUGGGUCUCCUGCAAGGGGCGCUGAUCGCAGUCCUCACGGUGCGAUACGUCUCGGACUUCUUCAAAGAGCGCCCCCCUCGCUGUCCGGAUGUUGAAAAUGCUGAAAACGAAGACGGCGAACGUAAGCCCAGCCUUCAGAUCGCAGACACGGACAGAAACCAUUACUCCUACAGCAGGCCUGCAUGAGCGUGACCUUUGACCUGUGAGAGCACUGGAUGCUGCAGCACGUCUCGUACAGACAGCCACACACUGUACACUGGCACUGACUGCGCUCUCUUCCACAGGACAACACUCCCAUUUCACACAGAGAGAGAGAGCGCGAGUGAAUGCAUGAACUAACACUGAAUAUUAGAUUUUAUACUUCUUUACAGACCGUGUUUAUACCCAGAUUUGUCCUAUGCACGCUCGAUCAAGUGCACAGAUCGCCUGACAUCUAAUGAACCGUGAGGGACUUUAUUGUAUCAGAGCACAAAGACGAACUUCUCCAAGGGGAACUGCUCGUUUCCAUGACAACCUCAAAACCACCGGUUGACAUUUACUGACUCGCUGUACUUCUGCUGUCGGCAGCGAUUCUUUCGGAAUGGGAAAGAAAGUGAACUAUUCUAAGCCAUCAGAAGACAAGAAUUCAUGAACAUGAAACAGAUGCCAAAAAAGGUCUUUCUCACAUGGUCAAUUAGACAUUUUGUUCGGUUAUAUAUAUAUAUACAUAUAUAUAUAAACUGGAUUAUAGUGACUAUUAUUAUUUUUAUAUAUAAAAAAUUUUGUUUUACUGGGGCGGUAGGAUUAGGGACUUUUUCUAAACUUAACAUUUUGGUAAACUAGUUAUUAUAUCUGCACACGUCUAGAAGAAAUUCUGCAUAACAUGAAUAAUCUUUAUAAAAUAAUACUUUUUAUGUUUAAUUUGCUGAAGAAUACCAUGACAACUCGUGAUUUCAAUCUAGUUUUGUUGCGUCGCUCGCUCACAUAACUGUUUAAUGAAAACCACUAGCUAACCAAGGCACAUAUAUAUCGAUGUAUUUCAUGGAAAUUAGUCUUACUAACCAUCCUAUCCAGCAAUAAGGAUUAGGAAAUAUUAACUAUCACAUGUAAAAUGUUAAACCGCUGUUUAUCUCUGAAUAUGAUCACCACGUCCAAACCAAGUGAACGAAUGCUGCUUGUUAUGUUAAAAUCACAGCCAAUCAAAAAGCUGUAUGGUGAUUCUGAACCAAUGACGAUUCACUAAGGGGCGGAACUACUCAACAUGACAAAAAACGUACGCUUGUAGAUUAAAAUGGAUUUGCAGAAUGUUGUACUGAAUGUUUCCACAGCAUCAUGAUUGUUUAGUUUUAUGUGCCUAUUUCCAGUGAAAAAUGCCUGUCAAGAUCACCAGCGAAUUCAAGAAUCGGAUUGAUUUUCUUCACGUCACGCCUUGGCAUAUGAUGAAAUGUCGAUUUAAACAGGUUUUAAACGUAAGGUGCAUUUAAACAUUGUUUUCGCUCCCCUAUAUCUCUCCAGAGACCAUUGUUUCCCAGGAUUUUGUCUCCGUUCACAUUUAUCCCUUACUCUAAUUUACCUCGUUUUAUCUAGUUCUAAUUUAUGUUCAUUUGGAGCUUGAACUGAGUCUCGGGAUCGAGCUCCUCCUCCCAGGAAAAUCACAUUUGUUUGUCGGACAAAAUAGCAGAUUUGGCGUUAUGAUUGGUCAGAUCGCCUGCCAAUCAAACAUCAGGCAAAGGGUCUGGAUGGGCGGGUCACAUUAAAAUAUGAAUAAUAAUAAAUUGGGAUACAAGCAUUAUAAAGUGGAAAAAGUAUUUGGGCAUGCUAUCUUGUCUUAAAAUCCUCCAACCCCCUUUGUCGUACAAUUUGCGCUAGAAUUAUCUGAAUUAAUUACCUUAAAAUUAUCUUUAGGUUUAGACACUUGCUGCGUUCACGCCAUAUCGCAAUUACCGUAAUUUCGAGAUGACCGCACGUGACGU